GAUCGUUGAUGGGCGACCUUUGAUCGUCUUGGUGCCGGCCGGCCAUGGCCCUGGUAGUAGCUUCUACGUGUCCCUGCCCGGGGCGGUCUCGAACGCUUGCGAGAAAAUGAAGAUCGAUGCGGACGAACUUCAGGCAGCACUGCGGAUGUCCCUUGAGGAAACGCCGCCGGAAGCAUCAACAAAUCCGAGCGCAGCGCCAGUGGCCCUGACAAAAGCUCGCCGCUGUUCAAAGAGCGUCAAGCCAUUAUCUUUGAUAUGGGCCUGCGCCGAGUUUGGCCCGCUGUACAAUGAGGGCAACACAGUGAUCGUUGACGACACGGUGGAUGUGUGCCGAGCGAAUCCUCAUCAUUCAAUACAAUGCAGUCGUUACUACUGGACGGACCAUGCCACAGAUCAAGAGCUCUCCAGGCUUUCCACGUAUUUGCAAAAGCUCGCUGCGCAGCGUCCUUUUCCGAAGGGCCAUCAGACGUGGCGGUCUUCUGUCACGUCUCAGGAGCCGGGAAGUGGCUGA